AUGACCGCCUCAACGUCGACACCUCCACUGGACGCCUACGGGUGGCCCAUCUCGGAGCUAGACUACGACUACGAGCUGAGCGAGAUGACGCAGGUGCUGCCGGGGCUGUUUCUAGGAAGCGAGCAAAAUGCGCGACAUCUGCCUUCCUUGUGUCGGAACGGUAUCACGCACAUCCUGAGCGUCAUGCAAGUCUCGGAUCCACCUGAAUUUGAAGACCAGCUGUUCACGGGAGUAAUAGAAGAGGAUGAAAGCGACGAAGAGAUGCGGCCGGUUAACGAGCGUUAUAGACCAAAGCGAAUGGUUGUCCCUGUGGAUGACAUCCCUCAAGAGGAGAUUUUCCCAUUUUUCCGGAAAACCAAUGCUUUCAUCGAUGAAGGCCGAGAAUUAGGUGGAGUGCUCGUCCACUGCCAGAUGGGUGUCUCAAGAAGCCCCACGAUCGUUGCGGCCUACCUCAUGUCCUCGCAUCCUCCAACAUCCACACCAUCUUCCGCCCUCGCCUUCCUAGAAUCGAAACGCGCGAUUGUCUGUCCAAAUUGGGGGUUCCGCGAGCAACUGGUGCUCUAUCACGCUUGCGCGUGUAACAUCGAUUCCGACUUUGACAUGGAGGUCGAUGACCACGAGUCUCCUUCAAGGAACACGCCUCGAUUCGAUCUCAAUCUGCUCCAUAAGACGGCUUCCGCCACCAGUAACAACAACCAAGCAAAAGUUGCUAAGUGGCGCGCAGGAAUGGCGAAGCGGAAGCGGCUGUCGGCGGACAAGCUGCGGCGGGAGCACGAGCGGGCCAUGCGGGCAGAGUGGGAAAACAAUGUUCCUAGCGGCCCGGCUGGGAGUGGACAUGGGGCAUGGGUGAAGAAUUGGCGAAGAGCUUCGCGAUGGGCGGCGUCUGUCCUGGUUUGA